AUGGCUCUCGAGGCGGCAGCGACCUCCGGCCGCACUCGACGACGAAGCCACGUCGGAGGAGGACUCCCCGUCGCCGUCGCCGCUGCAACGGCCGAGGAGGCCGCAAAGGAUGGCGAAGAGCACGAGGCUGAGGUUGAUGAUGUCACAUCAGCUCUUGAAGCUGAUCCCACCGCGGCGAUACCCUUGGCCCCCGCCUCCUCCUCCUCCUCCUCCUCUGCCGCCACCUCUAGCCCAGGGCGUCGGGCCGCCGCGCCGCACCGCGGAGGGCAGGAACGUCAGCAGGAGCUGGGCGAAGAGGAGCAUGAGGACCCAGACCUUGGCCUCGCCAGCGCCUGCAUUGUCGUCCCCGUCGCCGCCGCCGCGGAGGGCAGGAACGGCAGCUGGAGCAGCGUGAAGAGGAGCACAGUGGCCGGCGGCGCUCGGCCUCCCGUGACCACAUGGCCUCCCAAGGGGCCCGGCGGCCGACGGGGUUCGGCCUCCUGCGGGGGCACAGCAGCCGGCGGGCCGGUGUGGAGCAGAGGGAGAAGGGUGGUGGGACCCACGGGAGCAAAAUCGUCUUUUCACAUGGCACUUAACGGUUCACGGAUGGAAAAUCCAACAGAGUGUUAUAUAAGCAAUGAAAGUUGA